GUGUGCUUUUCGGUCGAGUCUGCCAUGUUUUGUCCUAUUUGUCGCGCUUGAACAACGCGUUUAUUGUUUCAAACUGUUAUUUUCUGAAUGUAUUACGGCAUGUGUUUUGUAUACAAAUUGUUCAGAAGAUAGUGCUUUGAUUGUAGUAGUGAAAUUUUAACUUAAUUAGUAAUUUCUGAUACUAGUGAGUGCGAGGGUGUAAUUUGUGUUUCACCGAAAUUUAGAAUCGUCCGCAAGCUCGUUGCGAUUUCUAUAAAACGUGAUUCUAUUAUGAUUUUUGGAAAAAUCGAUGAAAAGUAAUAGCUUAGAUAAGAAUUUGGUCGAUUCUAUGGCGCAACCCACGUGCACAUAUAUUAUAGCGAGUAUCUCAUGCACAUUGUUAUUAUUUUGUUUGUGAGCCCGAGCCCCUCACGGUUGCAGACGAAGGAUCGGACCGUUGAAGGGAAAUCGCGUAGUCCGUCUUCCUCACUUGCUUCGCGUGCUAGCAUUCAUUCAUUGUGGUAUCGGAUUAUUAGACGGUGAUUUCUCGCUGUGCAUUAUUGGUGCAGCGCGAGGAUAGCGCCGUGAUCGGUGCAGCGACAGCGGGCGCUCGGCGCGAGCCCACGUGACGCGUGUUUGGGUGGUAGUCGGGACGGAGCGCGGGCGGCCGCAGUGGCCGCGCAGCGCCGGAGGUGAAUCACCGCUGUAGUUGUCUUGUGGAUCUGUUUACGCGAGUGCAUCUAGUGCGGAAGUGAGGCAUGUGCGGCGCGCGACGUCGCCGAUGACGACCGCGGUGCUUUAAGCUGUGAUAGUUAUGUCGUUCGGGUUAUGAGUGUGUGACAAAGUUGUAGUGUAAGGACACUGGAGCCCCUAGCCGGAGUUGGGCCCGCCGGGGCGGCCCUAGUGCUUCUCGGGGCUCCGCACGAAGGCAAAAUGGCUGCGUGGAACCGCCACCACCAUUUCAACAUGCUGAUGGACGAGAACGCCAAGAAAUUAGGCGUUGUCGGCGGCGGCAUGCCCGAGGCGGGCGAGAGGCGGCACGGGCCGCUGUACGGCCGGCUAGUGGCAGAGGAGCAGCUCGCCUCCAUGAGCGCGCCUUCGGACAUUCAGGUGAGCGCCAUCGCGCGCCCCCGGGCUUUCUGCCGCUACCGUAUCCCCGCCCAGGCUAUGCAAGCCCGAAUACCACACCACUUUCGGGAUCCCUCAACAGCACCGUUACGGAAGCUAAGCGUGGAUCUCAUCAAAACAUAUAAACACAUAAACGAGGUAUAUUACGCAAAAAAGAAGCGGAGAGCGCAACAGUACCUGGGCGAGGAUGGCUCGCACAAGAAGGAGCGGAAGUUGUACAACGACGGGUACGACGACGACAACCACGACUACAUCAUCAAACAGGGCGAGAAGUUCCUCGACCGGUAUGAGAUCUCCUCACCUAUAGGGAAGGGAUCUUUUGGACAGGUUGUGAAAGCGUAUGAUCAUGAGGAGCAGUGUCAAGUAGCGAUUAAAAUAAUUAAGAAUAAGAAACCCUUCCUAAAUCAGGCACAAAUAGAAGUCAAGUUACUAGAAAUGAUGAACAGAGCAGAUGCUGAAAAUAAGUAUUAUAUAGUGAAACUGAAACGUCACUUCAUGUGGCGGAACCACCUGUGCCUAGUAUUCGAGCUACUCUCGUACAACCUCUACGACCUGCUGCGGAACACCAACUUUCGCGGCGUCUCGCUCAACCUCACGCGGAAAUUCGCGCAACAACUGUGCACAGCGCUACUCUUCCUUAGUCAACCUGAACUAAAUAUAAUUCACUGUGAUCUUAAGCCUGAAAAUAUACUAUUAUGCAACCCUAAAAGGUCAGCCAUUAAGAUAGUAGACUUCGGAAGUUCGUGUCAACUAGGCCAAAGGAUAUACCAAUACAUCCAGUCAAGGUUCUACCGAUCACCGGAGGUCCUACUGGGCAUACCUUACGACCUUGCGAUAGACAUGUGGUCGCUGGGCUGCAUACUGGUUGAGAUGCAUACGGGCGAACCAUUGUUCAGUGGAGCCAACGAGAUUGACCAGAUGAACAAGAUCGUUGAGGUGCUGGGCAUGCCGCCGGAUCACUUAUUAGAUCAGGCUCAUAAAACCAGAAAAUUCUUCGAUAAACUACCGGCGUCAGAAGGUGGCGGUUAUGUUUUGAAGAAAGUCAACGGGAAAGAUGGGAGUGGUUACAGGAAGUACCGCGCGGCGGGCACGCGGCGGCUGCACGACAUCCUCGGCGUCGAGGGCGGCGGGCCCGCGGCGCGGCGCCGCGGCGAGCCCGGACACUCCGUCUCGGACUAUCUUAAGUUUAAGGACCUAAUUCUCCGUAUGCUAGAGUACGACCCCAAGCAGCGCGUGACACCCUACUACGCGCUACAACACAACUUCUUCAAGCGCACGGCCGACGAGGCCACCAACACGCAGCAGGCACAGCAGCACCACCAGCACGUGGGAGUGGGAGUGGGCGUGGGCGGCGCGCUGGUGUGGGGCGGCGUGGGGCCCGGCGUGCUGCCGGCCGAGCGCAUGGACGUGGAGCGCGCGCCCGACGAGCUGCACGGGCCCUGCGCGCCGCGCGCCCGCAGCCCCGUCGCCAUCCACUAGCCGCGCGCCGGACCGCUGUCGGCAGUGACGUGUGAACAGUGCGAACAAGUGUGCCCUGUGCCCUGUGACGUGAGCGGCGCGGUCGACCCGAGGCCGAGGGACCGAAUUCAUAUUUAUAACUCUAUAUUUUUAUUUAAUGCGAUAAGUCUGACUGUAAAAAAAUAUAAUUGUGACUUGUUACUUUGUAACAUGUAUUAUUUGUAACCGCUUCUCUCGACAGUACUUAGAGAACGUCCGGGGGGCCCGCCCCCCGUCGCCCGAUCGUGAUGCAUCGACGGCAUGAAAGCUAGGUUUUUUUAUUGUUACGCAAUGCAUAUCAAGGACGCAAUAUGGUAGAAAAUAAAUAUUGUAUAUAAAAUUUAGGAAACCGACUAAUGGAUUACAGACUGCGACUUAAACUGGUUAAUCUAUAGUUUAGUUACGAUCUAUGCUAGUUAGGCUUUCAUUCGAUUUUAAUUAUCGCAAGCUUUAUAUUUUUAAAGUGUCGGCAACUGAUGACUGAAAUAAAAAGGGCCAAGACUUUUUUUUGUAAGCGACGCUGAAAUAGAUAAUCUGAAAUGUAUAAAUUAAUUUGUAAACGUACCGAACUAGCCGCCGAGCGGUCCCGGUCGGCGGACGUAACCGAUGCCCUCGCAUUUCAGAGUUGUUGUAUAAAUGUCUUUUCCUAUCUAAAAUUGUGCUUGGAGUAUCGACGAUGUAACACGUGCAGACUAAUGUGUCGAAGCCGAUUUAUUUUUGGCCCAUUGGAAUAUUCAAACGACGUGUAAACAGAAGUAGCGAUAGGUAAUUCUAUAAAACACAAAAUGUACUUGUAGGUUACGAAGAAUGUUGAAUCAUAUAUAAAAAAAUUUGGUAUUUCAGAUAAGAGUUAAUAAAUUGAAUUAUGACUUGUUCAACCUUUUUGGAUUUGAAUCUACAAUAGACUAACCUCAUUGCAACAGACUGGUUGAAACUUUGUAACGGAGAUAUUUUGUAUAGCGUACACUGAAUCACUGCCUUAUUGUGCCGGAACUUUUUACGAAUAAGGGCCCGCGACCUCGUCCCCUUCGCGCCGUAUUCAUAUGUAACACAAGGUUUAUUUUUGAUGAAUCCGUAAUCGCAUAUUCGCAUAAUUUGUACAUACGUGAUACUUAGUUAAAGUUCCGCUCCCUCCGAGCAGGAAACAGUCCAAGGGCGAAGGCGAGCCGCCGCGGGCCUCGACUUUAGCGACUUUAUUAUGAAAUAAAACAUGAUUUAGGAUAUUUUAAGUUCAAUUUUAUUUAGUUGAAUAAUUGAAAUCAUUGACUGAACAUUUGAAAUAAAGCCGCUAAAACGGAGAUUUGCAAUCGAAUGCAGGUAUUUCGUACUGCGUGCGUUGCUGUGAAUUUUUAUAUAACUCCCUCUCGAAAGACUAAGUUAACGUGAAGUUUGUAUGGUGCAGUUUUGUUUACAGGCAUGAAGCAUUAAAGUAUUUUCUGACAUUAUUUUACCACUUCUCAAUGCUCUGUCUAUUUUGUAGUUGGUUUUCUAUUACAUUGUAGGUUUGAAUCUAUUUCUAAUCUGACUGUUGUGUAAAGAAACAUUCUGAUAGUGUAAUAUUUACCGUAAUACUUUUCUGCUUCAUGAGAUAUAAAGUUGAUAGAAAUGAGUAAGUAUGUGAAAUAGGUAUGACAGUAUGUUAAUUUUGAUAAUAGAACAAUAUGCUACAAAUUCAAAGGCAGGUUUCCAAUUAUGAAAUAACUAUUUUUUAUUUCUUGAAUAAUGUGUUCGUCUAUUUGACAUUAUAGCAAAUCUUGUCUGUUUAGUGUAAGUACGAUUUAUGUUAAUAAGAUUAUUUGUUCCUUGUAUGUUAUAUUUAUUUCUACCUCGGAAGUGGGAAUCUGCCGGAACAUGUGUAUGGGACUGGGUAAGAGAGAACAUCAACACUUGAAUAGCUCUAACUUAUUCAUUUACUCGAGACGGCCCUAGAUGUUUGCUUGAGUAUGUAAUAUACUACCUAUACUAUUUAUUUGUACUGGGACAGUAUGGAAAGAGAAGGCGUAUGUUGAGUGCGAGCGAGAAGCUAAUGUUUAUUUCCUAUCGGAUUGUCAGUUCGCAGGCACUGUAACAAUAAAAGGAUUUAGAGCUUUAUGUCACUAAGUUUUGUAUUUUAAAUCAAUAAACGAUAGAACGAUU